AUGAUGAUGGGUGCAUCCAAUUUGAUGAUGGGGUUAACCCUGGUCCUUGUGGUCUUUCUUGCUGUGGUUCUUAGCUUCGUCUUGGUUCUAUUGGCUGAGCUCCACUACUCCAUCCUCGUCCGCUGCCGUCAACUUCAACAAACCACCACCACCACCGUCACCGCACCUCUAACCAUAGUAGACAACAACAACAACUCAUCUUCUCCCUCUCCCCCUUCAUUCGUCGGUGACGACAUAGAGAAGCAGCAACAACUUCCUCAACAGCCGAAAAAUCAAGAAAAUAACCAAGAAGGGCUUCAAUGGUCUCUUAAAUUUAAACCCACCACAACCAAUUUAGGGUUUUCUCCUUACAUUUCAGAAUGA